UUGCAAAUACUAUGCUAUCGGUGCUCGGUCUUUUCGUUCUCAUCCACUUCCAUAUAUUCCAAAAUUCCUUCUCACCCUUUUCGCUUUAUGAUUCAUCUCUUUCUGUUUUUCGCAUAUAUACACAAACACAAGCACCUGUUGGGCACAUGACGCGCAGUAUUUCUGCUUAGCCAGAAAUCAACCACAGCGAGCGAACACCAUUGAUAUUACAGUACAACCUGAUCAGUAAGGCGAUAAUCAUGAAGUUCGGGAAGGAGUUCACAACCCACCUAGAGGAGACCCUUCCGGAAUGGAGGGACAAAUUCCUCUGCUACAAGCCCCUCAAGAAGCUCCUCAAGCGCCACUUUCCCAACCCCACCACCCCAGAUAUCAAUCUUCCUCCUAACAUCGAUACUGGUGGCCUUGACAAACAGCCCACCUUGCUGGACCUCCAAGAAUGGUUCAUUCAGAUUCUCAAAGAAGAGCUCGACAAGUUCAAUGAUUUCUACGUUAAUAAAGAGGAAGAGUUCGUCAUACGCUUUCAGGAGCUAAAGGAAAGAAUAGACCGAGUCAUGGAGAAGAGCAGCAAAGGCAGAGUUUUUACAUCAGAGAGUGAAUUUAGUGAAGAAACUAUGGAGAUUCGGAAGGACUUCGUCACCAUCCAUGGGGAAAUGGUUCUUCUGAAAAACUAUAGCUCCUUAAAUUUUGCAGGGUUGGUUAAGAUCUUGAAGAAGUAUGACAAACGAACUGGCGGACUGUUGCGUCUAUCUUUUACACAACUUGCCCUUCGUCAACCUUUCUUUACAACAGAACAUGUCACAAGAUUAGUCCGUGGAUGUGAGGAAAAACUUGAGCUCCUUUUCCCAUUAGAAGCGGAAGUCAUUGAAUCUAAUCCUUGUGCACAAGACCAGUCAAAACCACCACCGUGUAAUGCAACAAAUAUCUCACCCGAGACAUCAUCAUCUCUUGGAGAGGAAUCUGUGGAUCUAUACCGUGGCACUCUCGCUGCAAUGAAAGCCAUAAAAGGCCUUCAGAAAGCAAGCUCCACCUCCAAUCCAUGGUCGUUGUCAUCCCACUUUAGAAACCAGGAUGAUGAGGGUACAGGUGCAGUAACUGCUGAAAACUCUGCUGCAAACUCUUCAGCCUCCUUGAAUAAUGGGGAAGAGGGUGAUCAAGAGGAUUACCAUUCUGUGUAAAAGAGUUCGUCUCUGCAGUUGCUAUUGUGAAUCUUCUUUUGGCUUCUUGUUACAGGUUGGAACUGAAUAAGAGGUCUCCUUGCCUCUCUGCACAAUCAGUUCCACAACCUAAUAAACUGUAAUUGGAAUGUUCGGGGUAGGCUUGUGUAGAAUUGAAUUGAAAGCUUUAAUUGGAAGAUUUCAUAAUUUUCAUUA